UCGGGCGGAGGCGGGGCAGUUGCGGUUCUGACUUCUAACAUGGCGCACGCAGGCGGUGGCGGCUCCGCGGGCCGGGGAUUCGGCGGCUCCCGCUGGGGUCGCUCGGGUUCUGGGGGCCACGAGAAACUGCCGGUGCAUGUGGAGGAUGCCCUCACCUACCUCGACCAGGUGAAGAUCCGCUUCGGUAGCGACCCCGCCACUUACAAUGGCUUCCUGGAGAUCAUGAAGGAGUUCAAAAGCCAGAGCAUUGACACCCCUGGCGUGAUCAGGCGUGUGUCCCAGCUCUUCCACGAGCACCCGGAUCUAAUUGUGGGAUUUAAUGCUUUCCUCCCACUGGGAUAUCGCAUAGACAUUCCCAAGAAUGGCAAGCUGAGCAUCCAGUCGCCUCUGAUGGGCCAGGAAAACUCACACAGCCAUGGUGACUGCGGCGAGGACUUCAAGCAUCAGACGCCCUACAAGGAGGACAGAGGCCACGUGCCCCUGGAGUCAGACUCUGUGGAGUUCAACAAUGCCAUCAGCUAUGUGAACAAGAUCAAGACCCGCUUUCUGGAUCACCCCGAGAUCUACCGGUCUUUCUUAGAGAUCCUGCACACCUACCAGAAGGAGCAGCUGCACACUAAAGGCCGCCCAUCGCGAGGCAUGUCUGAGGAGGAAGUCUUCUCUGAGGUGGCCAGCCUGUUCCGAGGCCAGGAGGACCUGCUGUCAGAGUUUGGACAGUUCCUGCCAGAGGCCAAGCGCUCUCUGUUCACAGGAAAUGGGCCAUGUGAGAUGAACAGCAUGCAGAGGGAUGAGCAGAAGAGUCUGGAACACAGCAAGAAGCGUUCCCGGCCCUCGCUUCUCCGCCCUGUAUCUGCACCCGCCAAGAAGAAGAUGAAGCUCAGAGGUACCAAAGACCUGUCGAUUGCAGCCGUGGGGAAGUAUGGCACACUACAGGAGUUAUCCUUCUUUGACAAGGUGCGCAGGGUGCUGAAGAGCCAGGAAGUGUACGAGAACUUUCUGCGCUGCAUCGCUCUCUUCAACCAGGAGCUGGUGUCCGGCUCAGAGCUGCUGCAGCUGGUCAGCCCAUUCCUGGGGAAAUUUCCAGAACUGUUUGCACAGUUCAAGUCCUUCCUGGGAGUGAAAGAGCUGUCCUUCGCACCACCCUUGAGCGACCGAUCCGGGGAUGGGAUAAGCCGGGAAAUUGACUACGCAUCUUGCAAGCGUAUCGGGUCCAGCUACCGGGCACUUCCCAAGACCUACCAGCAGCCCAGGUGCAGCGGGAGGACAGCCAUUUGCAAGGAGGUACUAAACGACACGUGGGUCUCCUUUCCGUCCUGGUCUGAAGACUCCACCUUUGUUAGCUCUAAGAAGACGCCCUAUGAGGAACAGCUGCACCGUUGUGAGGAUGAGCGCUUUGAAUUGGAUGUUGUCCUGGAGACCAACCUGGCCACCAUCCGUGUACUAGAGAGUGUGCAGAAGAAGCUGUCUCGGAUGGCACCUGAGGACCAGGAGAAGUUCCGGCUUGAUGACUCCCUGGGUGGAACAUCGGAGGUGAUCCAGCGCCGUGCCAUCCACCGCAUCUAUGGUGACAAGGCCCCGGAGAUCAUCGAAAGCCUCAAAAGGAACCCUGUCACUGCUGUGCCUGUCGUCCUGAAAAGGCUGAAGGCCAAAGAGGAGGAGUGGCGGGAGGCCCAGCAGGGCUUCAACAAGAUCUGGCGGGAACAGUAUGAGAAGGCGUACCUCAAGUCCCUCGACCACCAGGCUGUGAACUUCAAACAGAACGACACGAAAGCACUGCGCUCCAAGAGCCUGCUAAAUGAGAUUGAGAGUGUCUAUGAUGAGCACCAGGAGCAGCACUCGGAGGGCCGCAGUGCGCCAUCCAGUGAGCCACACCUCAUCUUUGUGUACGAGGACCGGCAGAUCCUGGAGGACGCAGCAGCACUUAUAAGCUACUAUGUGAAGCGGCAACCGGCCAUCCAGAAGGAGGACCAGGGUACCAUCCGCCAGCUGCUGCACCGCUUCCUGCCCAGCCUCUUCUUCUCACAGCAGCGAGAACCUGGUGCCUCCGACGACUCUGCGGACGAGGAGCGGGAAGGGGCGGCCACCGAACCUGAGCGCAGGAAGCCAGUGCAGGCUGCCGAGGAGAAGCCAGCUGUGGUGGAUGUGCCGGGUCCUGAGCUGCCACAGCCCAAGCCCCUGGAUGACGUGUACAGCCUGUUCUUUGCCAACAACAACUGGUACUUCUUCCUGCGGCUGCACCAGACGCUGUGCUCGCGCCUGCUCAAGAUCUACCGGCAGGCGCAGAAGCAGCUGCUGGAACACCGCAGUGAGAAGGAGCGAGAGCGGCUGCUGUGCCUGGGCCGCCGCGAGAAGGGUGGAGACCCUGCAAUGGAGCUACGCCUCAAGCAGCCCAGCGAGGUCGAGCUGGAGGAGUACUACCCAGCCUUCCUGGACAUGGUGCGCAGCCUGCUGGAGGGGAGCAUUGACCCCACACAGUACGAGGACACCCUGCGUGAGAUGUUUACCAUCCACGCCUACAUUGGCUUUACCAUGGACAAGCUAGUGCAGAACAUUGCUCGCCAGCUGCACCACCUGGUGAGUGAUGACCUGUGUCUGAAGGUGGUGGAACUAUAUCUGACCGAGAAGCAGCGUGGGGCAGCUGGUGGAAAUUUGUCCUCCCGCUGUGUGCGUGCUGCCCGAGAGACCAGCUACCAGUGGAAGGCUGAGCGCUGCAUGGCCGACGAGAACUGCUUCAAGGUGAUGUUCCUGCAGCGCAGAGGGCAGGUGAUCAUGACCAUCGAGCUCCUGGACACAGAGGAAGCUCAGACAGAGGACCCUGUGGAGGUGCAGCACCUAGCCCGCUAUGUGGAGCAAUAUGUGGGAACUGAAGGUGCAGCCAACUCGCCCACCGAGGGCUUCCUGCUAAAGCCUGUGUUCCUGCAGAGGAAUCUCAAGAAGUUCCGGCGCUGGCAGUGUGAGCAGGUGCGUGCCUUGCGAGGUGAGGCUAAGAGUUCAUGGAAGCGGCUCAUGGGUGUGGAGAGCGCUUGCGACGUGGAUUGCCGCUUCCGCCUGGGCACACACAAGAUGGUCUUCGUUGUCAACUCGGAAGACUACAUGUACCGCCGAGGGACACUGUGCCGGGCCAAGCAGGUGCAGCCCCUGGUGUUGCUUCGCCACCACCAGCACUUUGAGGAGUGGCACAGCCGGUGGCUGGAGGACAACGUGACCGUGGAGGCAGCAGGCCUGGUGCAGGACUGGCUGAUGGGCGAGGAGGACGAGGACAUGGUACCCUGCAAGACACUUUGCGAGACAGCGCACGUCCACGGGCUGCCGGUCACCCGCUACCGUGUGCAGUACAGCCGCCGCCCUGCAUCACCCUGAGCGCUGGCCCUAGCCACCCUGUGCCAGACCUGACCCACCCAGCACUUGAACCCUGGGGCAUCCUACUGCCUACCUGCCAAAAGCUUCGAUGGUGGGCAGCUGGCACCACCCACCCUGGAUGACCCAUUGUGCAAGUUGUGCACUUGGAAGGGGUCUCUGGCACUAAAAACCAGGUCCCAGAAAGUUAUGUCCCCUGGGAGCUUGGGUGUCAUCUGCACAGCCAGGGCUUUCUGUCACUUGGGGGGGGGGGCGCUGCAGCUGAGCCGGAGUACCAUGUUGACCUCCCCUAGAGCAGAUAGGAGCAGAAGGUCCCUGCCUGGUUAGACCAGACCCAGAGGUGAUAUGGAAGGGUGUCCCCAUAGGGGAGGGAGCUCUGGCCACAAUCCCACAAGAGUUCAGGAGGUCCCUGUGGGCCUGCUUGAGGCAUUGGAUGUUCUAGAAGCAUUCGCACACGUUUAUUCCUUCAUGUGCUAGCAGCGAUGAUAACUUUUGCAGCAGCAGGUCCCUUGGCUUCACACAAUUGAGACUUCCCUGUGGACCCUGGAGCCCAUCUGACCCCUGUCCCUGUGGCUGCCCUCCACUGAGCCACAGUGCUGUGCCAAACCGAAGGCUCCAGGAAGCAGACUUGCUCUAUGUUUCCUGAGGAACUUAAGGCCACCAGACACUUUUGACCCCAGGCCUGGGCCUUGGAGAGCCGUGUUCCUUGGGGCCUACCCUAUUUCCUGAGAAGGGAGUUCCCUGUGGGGGACCCUGAGCAGCCUCCCAGCCCCUGUGGGCCUCUAUCCCCAGCAGGCAGCCCAGGCACCCCAAGCAUGCUUCUGGGGAGCCGCUCUUUUCCAGUUUUGAGGAAUUUCUGUUCUGGGCUUGACUUCCUUCGCAGCUGUUUUGAAUGUAGUUUUCUUUUUCUAUUUAUUUGCACAUUAAAGUUGAAAGCUAAAUGUUGACAGGAAACAGA